AUGCUUCUCUCGCCCGUUGUCCUCAGUCUGGCCGCGGCAGGCAUCGCAACUACAUCAGUUGUGCUUCCCGUCUUGGCCCAAUCGACCUGCAACGGCCAGGCGGCCUACUGCGACCGUAUUUACUCGAAUGUGACGCAGGUUGGCGCUCACGACAGUCCCUUUGUUGGGCGACUUCCUCAGCAGAAUCAAAACAUUGAUGUCACCGCACAACUCGACUUGGGGAUCCGCUUCCUACAAGGCCAGACCCAUCAGUCAAUCGACAAUGAGACAAUCCUCCUUUGCCAUACGUCGUGUCUCCUGGAAGAUGCCGGAACUUUGGAAUCUUAUCUGACCACCGUCAAGACCUGGCUGGACAAAAAUCCGGAUGAGGUCGUGACCUUGCUCCUGACGAACGGUGACAGUUUGUCGGUAACACGUUUCGCCGAGGCCUUCGUGAGCGCAGGUAUUACCGACUACGCAUUUGUGCCCGAGUCAUCACCAAGCACGCUGGCUAUCAACGCCUGGCCAACACUACAGGAGCUGAUUAGCGGUGGCACGCGGUUGGUGACCUUCCUGGACUAUGGCGCCGAUGCAACAACGGUUCCGUACAUCCUGGACGAAUUCGCCUAUUUCUUUGAAACGCCAUAUGAUGUGACCGAUGCCUCGUUUUCAGACUGCAGCAUUAAUCGGCCGUCGGGUGCUUCGGCCACUGGUCGCAUGUACAUCGUAAAUCACUUCCUGGAUGUCGAUAUCUUGGGCAUCUUGAUCCCCGACCGCGAGCAUGCAGCCGAGACCAACGCGGUCUCCGGCGAGAGCAGUAUUGGCGCUCAAGCCGAUUUGUGUCUUUCUCUUCACGGUCGGCGGCCCAAUUUCAUUUUGCUGGACUUUGUCGACCAAGGUCAGCCGAUUGCCGCACAAGACCUGCUCAAUGGGGUGUAA